GCUUGUUGUUUCCUCCUCCCUCCGCCUGGCUUUGCAUGGUGGAGAGCGCAGGCUUCCCUUUCUCCUUCCUGCUCUAAAGCCUGACAGCUCCAGGGGCAGGGCCCGGGGAUCCGCUUCGGCGGCGGUAGUAGCGGGAGGAGGAGGAGGGAAGCAAUAAUAGGAAGGGAAGAGGAGGGGGGAUACGCAGCUACCCCAACAUGUCCUCUUCCAACAACCAGCACAGCACCGAGCUCAAAUCCGAGCUCUAUUUCCUUAUUGCCAGAUUUCUGGAAGAUGGACCCUGCCAGCAAGCAGCACAGGUUCUGAUCCGAGAAGUGGAGGAGAAGGAGCUGCUGCCGAAAAGGGUAGACUGGACGGGCAAAGAACACGCGAGGACUUACCACAAUUUGGUGAAAUAUUAUCGACACUUGGCACCUGACCAUUUACUGCAAAUAUGUCGAAGGAUAGGACCACUGCUGGAAAAAGAAGUUCCUCAGAGUGUCCCAGGGGUACAGACCCUUUUGGGUGCUGGACGACAAUCUCUGCUGCGCACAAACAAAAGUUGCAAGCAUGUUGUGUGGAAGGGUUCAGCUCUUGCAGCUUUACACUGUGGAAGGCCUCCAGAGCCACCAAUAAAUUAUGGAAGCCCACCAAGCAUAGCAAACACAUUUUUCGCAAGAAAGCUGAAUGGAAACUACCAGUUUGAAAACCUUGUACCGACAGCUGUUUACCAGCACAUGAAAAUGCACAAACGGAUUCUAGGACACCUUUCAUCUGUAUAUUGUGUUACAUUUGACAGAACUGGCAGAAGAAUUUUUACGGGAUCUGAUGAUUGCCUUGUAAAGAUAUGGUCAACAGAUGAUGGGCGUCUCCUUGCAACAUUAAGAGGACAUGCUGCGGAAAUUUCUGACAUGGCAGUAAAUUUUGAAAACACUAUGAUAGCUGCUGGAAGCUGCGACAAAAUGAUCAGAAUUUGGUGUCUUCGAACAUGUGCACCACUUGCUAUACUGCAAGGGCACAGUGCAUCCAUUACAUCAUUACAGUUUUCUCCUUUGUGCAAUGGAUCAAAGAGAUAUCUUUCCUCCACUGGAGCAGAUGGUACCAUUUGCUUUUGGCUUUGGGAUGCAGGGACUCUUAAAAUAAACCCCCGACCAACAAAGUACACUGAGCGACCUCGGCCUGGAGUUCAGAUGAUUUGUUCUUCUUUUAGCUCUGGUGGAAUGUUUCUGGCAACUGGGAGCACUGAUCAUGUCAUUAGAGUUUACUACUUUGGAUCAGGUCAACCAGAGAAGAUGUCUGAACUGGAAUUUCACACUGACAAGGUGGACAGCAUCCAAUUUUCUAAUACUGGCAACAGAUUCGUUAGUGGAAGCCGUGACGGGACUGCUCGCAUAUGGCAAUUUAAGAGACGUGAAUGGAGGAGCAUUUUGCUAGAUAUGACGACUCGCCCAACAGGUGUUCAGGGAGUGGAAGACAAGAUAACAAAAUUAAAAGUAACUAUGGUGGCUUGGGACCGUCAUGACAACUUUGUUAUCACAGCUGUCAACAACAUGACCUUGAAAGUCUGGAACUCCUGCACUGGACAACUUGUCCAUAUAUUGAUGGGCCACGAGGAUGAAGUGUUUGUGCUAGAAUCACACCCUUUUGAUCCAAGAGUUUUAUUUUCUGCUGGUCAUGAUGGAAAUGUCAUAGUAUGGGAUUUAGCACGAGGAGUGAAAAUAAGAUCUUACUUUAACAUGAUUGAGGGUCAAGGUCAUGGAGCCGUGUUUGACUGUAAGUGCUCUCCGGAUGGACAGCACUUUGCAUGUACAGACUCCCACGGCCAUCUGCUGAUAUUUGGCUUUGGUUCCAGCAGCAAAUAUGAUAAGAUAGCAGACCAGAUGUUCUUUCACAGUGAUUACCGGCCUCUUAUACGGGAUGCCAACAACUAUGUGUUGGAUGAACAAACACAACAGGCUCCUCAUCUUAUGCCCCCUCCAUUUCUGGUAGAUGUUGAUGGUAACCCACAUCCACAACGUUAUCAGCGAUUGGUCCCUGGUCGGGAAAACUGUAGAGAUGAGCAUCUUAUUCCUCAAAUGGGUUUGACGUCCUCAGGGAUGAACCAGGUACUCAGCCAGCAAGCUAACAAUGAAGCGAGCCCUUUGGAUAGCCUAAUUCAAAGGCUCCAACAAGAGCAAGACCAGAGAAUGAAUGCAGACACAUCGAGUGGUUUUAACAGCCGAACAGGCAGAGCCUCUGUGAGCUCUUCUUCAGAAGUCCAUUCACCACCAAAUAUCGGAUUAAGACGCAGUGGCCAAAUUGAAGGUGUUCGGCAGAUGCAUAGCAACGCUCCUAGAAGUGAAAUUGCAACUGAAAGGGAUCUUGUUGCUUGGAGUAGAAGAGUGGUUGUUCCUGAGCUCUCUACUGGAGUAUCAAGUAAACAGGAAGAAUGGAGAACUGCAAAAGGAGAAGAGGAAAUACGGAUGUACAAAGCAGAAGACACAAAGAAAACUAUUACAAAUCAUGCUGUGAGAGAAAACAAAGUUUCUUAUUCCAAGAACCACUCACAGGAACUGUUACUGAACAAUGGAGACUCUAAAAAGCAGUCAUCCAAUUCCAACAACUACUGCACUCGAGCUACUCUUGAAGAACAAACAGGUCCUACUGAAGAGGUUGAGAAUAGUUCAUCAGAUGAAGCUGAUGUUGAGAGCGAAGUAGUUGCUGCUAGUGGGGCAACGUCUGAAGAGGAUGAAAAGCAAGAAUGGCAUAGUGAUGGGAGUUCCAGUGACUAUUCAAGUGACUACUCAGACUGGACUGCAGAUGCUGGGAUCAACCUGCAGCCACCAAAGAAAACACUGAAACACAGAACAAAGAAAACAGAAAGCAGCUCCGAGGAUGAAGAAAAUUCUGAUAAGUUUAAACAAAAGCAGAACAAGAAGGAAAGAAAGAAAGGUAUGGAGGAUAAAGAUGGGCCAUCUUCACCAAAGAAAAGAAAGCCCAAAGAGCGAAAGCAAAAGAGAUUACCAAUAGGAGAGCUGACUGAACAAGGCCUCUCACUAGAAGAAUGGCUGCCAUCUGCUUGGAUUACAGACACUGUUCCUAGACGUUGUCCUUUUGUGCCACAAAUGGGCGAAGAGGUUUACUAUUUCCGGCAAGGUCAUGAAGCAUAUGUUGAAAUGGCAAAGAAGAACAAAAUCUAUCGAAUUAAUACCAAAAAACAGCCCUGGCAUAAAAUGGAGUUAAGGGAGCAAGAACUCAUGAAAAUUGUCGGAAUAAAGUAUGAAGUUGGUCUGCCCACACUGUGCUGCCUUAAGCUUGCUUUUUUGGAUUCAGACACGGGUAAACUGACGGGAGGAGCAUUUACAAUGAAGUAUCAUGACAUGCCCGAUGUGAUCGACUUUCUGGUUCUCCGUCAGCAGUUUGAUGAAGCAAGACGCAGGCAAUGGAGCAUAGGUGACCGGUUCCGAUCUGUAAUUGAUGAUGCUUGGUGGUUUGGAACUAUAGAAAGCCAAGAACCACUUCAUCAGGAUUAUCCAGACAGUUUAUUUCAAUGCUACAAUGUUUGCUGGGACAAUGGGGACACUGAAAAAAUGAGUCCGUGGGACAUGGAACUUGUACCUGAUAAUGCUGUAUUUCCAGAAGAACUUGGCACAAGUGUCCCACUAACAGAAGUUGAAGUUCGCUCAUUGCUUUAUAGAAGUCUUGAUGGAGAAUGGGGUUGCAGAAGCAGAGAUGAAGAGUGUGAUAGAAUUACUGCAGGGAUCAAUCAGUUGAUGACACUAGAUAUUGCCUCAGCCUUUGUGGCUCCUGUAGACCUCCAAGCCUAUCCAAUGUAUAGCACUGUUGUGGCCUAUCCAACCGAUCUCAGCACAAUCAAGCAACGGCUAGAGAAUAGAUUUUACAGACGUCUUUCAUCAUUAAUGUGGGAGGUGCGUUAUAUAGAGCAUAAUACACGCACAUUUAAUGAACCAGGAAGUCCCAUUGUGAAAUCUGCCAAAUUUGUCACAGAUGUCCUACUGCACUUUAUAAAAGACCAGUGUUGCUAUGAUAUCAUUCCACUGUACAACAAUUUGAAGAAGAAGUUAUUGUCAGACUCUGAAGAGGAAGAAGAGAAAGAUGCAGAUUUACCUGGAACUUCCAGAAAAAAAAGAAAGGAGUACCAACCAAGACGUAAACUACGCAGCACGGCACCAUCCUACGAUUUGCAGUCCUGGAAGAAGCAAUGCCAGGAGUUGUUAAACCUCAUGUUUCAGUGUGAAGAUUCAGAACCUUUUCGUCAGCCAGUUGACAUACUGGAGUAUUCUGAUUACAGAGAUAUCAUUGACACGCCAAUGGACUUUGGGACAGUACGUGAAACCUUACAGGCUGGAAACUAUGAAACUCCCUUGGAGCUUAGCAAGGAUGUGAGGUUGAUUUUCAGCAAUUCAAAAUCUUACACUCCAAGCAAAAGAUCAAAGAUCUACAGUAUGAGUUUAAGACUUUCUGCUUUCUUUGAAGAAAGAAUGAGCAAUAUUUUAGCUGAUUAUAGGUCUGCUUUGCGAUUUCACAAAAGAAAGACUAAAACUAAAAGCAGAAGGAAAAGGAACAGAAGCAGUUCAUCAAGCAGCAGUGCUGCAUCCAGUCCUGAAAGAAAAAGACGAUAUGUGAAACAGCAACCAAACCCAGAAAUCACUAUCUCCCCUGCAUCCGUGCACCAACGAACAGUAGCACACAAGGUGCCAAACACGCUGGUAAAUGGCAAGACACCAGAACCAAGUGCUUUGGCCCGGACAAGGAGUUACAGACGUCACCUAGAGCCUACUGUUCCUGAGCAACCAACCACAUCUGGAACACCUAAACAACUGACUACAAAACCUAAUCAUUCAGCCGUGGCUGGGAAGUCAGCUAUGAUAGAAAAUGCCACAAAACUUCACAGAAACCAGAAUGCUAGUCCUGAGGCAUCCAAUCACCUAACCAAGAACAAUGUGCUCAAAGGAAAGAUGGAGAAAGAUAAACCAUUCAAACGACGGAAAAAGGCUUCUUCAAGCAUGGCCCUACCUGGUGCUGACAGAAAAGAGAUUUUACCUCAAGUAAGUAGCAUUCAAGUUAAUGGACACAGCAGCCAACUGCUCAAGCCAGUUACGAAGGGGCGUCCUGGUCGUAAACCUAAAGUCAUCCUUAACAACAGCAAUAACUGUGAAACAAACACAGUUGUUCAGGUGGUACCCAAGAAAAGGGGGAGAAAGCCUAAAUACCCCAGGAAUGAAGGUCUUCCAAGUGCUCCACAAAAGCCUCCAAAUUCUAUUGUGGAAACUAGUAAAUUAAAGGAUCAACCUGCUUCUUCCACCUGCAACUCUCUUGCAGCUGUAUGUAGUAAAACUGAGAAUGAGGUACCAAAAAAACGAAGGGGUAGGAAACCAAAGGUAAAGACAGAGCCAAGUAUUGUUGCUGCUGUUAUUGCAGCACCCUCUGCACAAGAGCUUGAAAGAGAUGAGACCAUCAAAAUACAAACCAGAAGCAAAUGUAGAAAGUCUGAUCAAUCAGAGGGGGAAUCUUUGCCUGUACCUGAAGACAUAAACAAUACUGAAAUCCAAAUGAGAACUAGAAAUCAGGGAAAGCGGACUGCCUUUUACAAUGAAGAAGAUUCAGAGGAGGAACAAAGACAACUUCUUUUUGAAGACCCUUCUUUGACAUUCGGUACUUCAAGUAGGGGAAGGGUACGGAAAUUGACAGAGAAGGCAAAAGCAAAUUUAAUUGGCUGGUAACUGUUAACAAACUGCAUUUGGAAACACAUUCAAAGCAGCUCUGCUGUAAACACAAUUGAAAAUACAUCAGCUCCUUUGCUGCUACAAUGGAUUGGUUGUUCUUGGGGUUGACAAUGUUUAUAAAGUAAAAUUAUAUCUUGCUAAAUUUAAUUUGAUGUCAAAGAAAGUAAGGUUGCAUUUCAGAAUUCAUAUAGUUCAAAAACCAACAACAUGCUGUCGUAUGCAAAGCUUCAAAUUGGCAAGAUUGGCCGCAUUGGAUGCAGAAAUUGCCCCCAUUCGGGUUUGUUGUAAUGGUAAUUAUUCCAGAAGUCUGUUAGAAAUGAAAACAAAUGUGAAAUUAGCACAUUUUCCCCCUAAAAAUUGCAGUUAUAAUGGUAAUGCUAACAAAUCAGGCUGAUGUGUUUGCACACAUUGACAUUGAAAUAACAAUAUACUAUAUAUAUUUCCCAGUAUAUAUUUAUAUAUAUUCACUUAUGUAUCCACAUUGGAAAGUUUCAUUUAUGUCUAAUUUUUCAGACCUUGCUACUUGUACCCAUACCUAAAUCAGUUUAUUGUGCCAAAGACUGAGACUGAAUACAGUUAAAGCCUAGAAUUGCGCACAAUGUUUGUGUAUAUAACAUAAUUACAAAACAACUUGUAUAUUAACCUUAAGGUAUCGUAAGCUGUGCUCACUUAAUCCUGUAUUGGUACUUUUUGGUUUAAAAAAAAAAAAGAUGCAGUGGCAUUUUUGAAAGACUUUUUAGAAUAUGUAAACAAUUCUCUAGGGGUUUAAAUUAAACUUUUCCUGGAAAUUCACCAUAAAUGUGAUAAUUAGCAAUACUGUUUUAUUGCUAUGAAGAUGUUGCCUUUUCAAUGUUUUAUUAGUUAAUAACAAAUGGACACAACUGUUUCUAUACAAUUUUCGGUUGUUUUUUUCUACCAUAAAGAUAUUUGUUAGAUGAUCUGUGCAGAGUUAGUUAUGCGGUGCAUUACACAUGCCUCUGCAAUACCUUAAUGCAUAUAUUGUAAGAUACAAUCUAAUGCUAAAAACCUUAUUUAGUCAGAUGUACAUUAGUACUGUAUGGUGGUAAUCAAUGUUGCAGUGCUAAAGAUUUGAAAUGAUUUGCUUCAUGGGGAAACUACAAAACUACCUUUUUAUUUGUUUAUAUUUUUGUUUACUUCAAUAAUAUCUUGCAUAGAAAAUGUAUGUAUGUGUAUAUAAAUAUAUAUAUAUAUAUAUAUAUAUAUAUAUAAAAUGUGUAUAUAUGUAUGUGUAAUUACACAUAGAUUUACACAUAUAAUGCAUUUAUAAUCCAGAUAUGAAAUCUUUUACAUGACUUUUUAGAAAGUGGUAGAAUAUAAAACUAAUUUUAAACAUGUCAUCCAGUAGUUUGAUUUUACAGGUUGAUAGUAUACUCUCCAUAACUAAAAGGUCAACCCAUUUUUCUUGUCAUGUUCUGUUUUUUUUUUUGUUUUUUUAACUAAGUAAUGUCAAUGCAGAACUGUUUUUAUUUUAUUUUAUUCAAGUCUCUGAUGUUCAUAACAUUGACAAAAGUAAAUUUAAAAUGAAAGCAAA